CGUCAAAUAAAUCUGCUCCUUACCUCCUCAUCUGCGAGAGCAGAACUGUUACAGAGCGAAGAAUCCAUGGAUUUCUCGGAGCAAGACGAGGACGUCUUCGGGGAGGAUUUCAACAACCGCGAGCAGGAUGCCCCACACCAUUCAUCCUCUUCUGCAUCGUCAUCAUCAUCGGCGUCUUCUGGUUCUUCUUCAUCGUCGUCGGAUUCAUCUUCAUCCAACGGCGGCGGCGGCGGCGGCCGUGGUGUUGAUGGCGGCGAUACUAGCAGCGCCGCCAGUGGAAGCGCGAGUAGCGGAGGGGAGGAGGAAAAUGGAGAAGAAGUAGAGAAUGUUAGGAGUGAUAAUUAUAGAUUUAAUAACCGUGAUCUCUUUGGGUCUGAAGAUGAAGAAGAACAAGAACAAGAAGAGAAUGAUCUGUUUGGGUCUGAUAAUGAAGAUUACUGUAAAACCCUGGCUAUUAGUCCUUACCCUAUUCCUGUGUUGCCUGCAAUACGUAAUACUAACAGCCCAGGAAGAGGGGGUUUUGGACGUGGCCGCUGGAAUGAUAGAGGAGCAGGUAUCUUACCACGUCCCAAUUAUCCCCCAAGACAGGGAUAUGGAUUUGGUCCAAAAUUUUCAAAUGGUCGCCAUGAUGAACGAUUUGUUUCUGAGUUAAAGCUUUCGAAAAGUGCAGAGACAUUAUCCCGAAAAUGUAUUGCUUUCCAGGAGCCCUGUGAACUUGCUUGUUAUAGCCGUGUUGAAGCUGGAGAAGUCCACUUUGAUGAUCGUAGCCUGAGGUUCUUUAAGCGGCUGGUAACUGAAGAUGUUGGAGCUGAUCUAAAUGAAGGCUUUGAUACCUUUACUGAGAAAAAAGAAUUGGGCUCUAAAGGUUUUGGUGACCUUCUUGCUUGCAUAAGAGGCAAAAAUAUCCCACUUCAGAACAUGCAUUUCGUGACAUUCCGCAACAAUCUCAAUAAGAUAUUGGCUACUGCUUAUAUUAGAAAUGAACCUUGGGAAAUGGGUGUGCACAAGCGGAAAGGUGUUGUCUAUCUUGAUGUUCAUAAACUUCCUGAAAAGCCAAAAAGCGAGUUGGACCGUCGAAGAUGCUACUGGGGAUAUUGUUUUGAGAGCCUUGCAACUGAAGAUCCAAACAGAGGUUAUGGUGAAGGGAUACAUCAUGUAGAUGCUAAUGUCGAAUACUGUUCUGCGAUUAAAACCAAAUUAGGGGCUCAUCGUAUUCUGAUGGGUGCUGAAAUGGACUGCUGUGAUGCAACAAAUGAUGGGAGAAGAUUUUUUGUGGAACUGAAAACAAGUCGUGAGUUGGAUUACCAUACUGAGGAAAGAUACGAGAGAGAGAAACUGCUCAAGUUUUGGAUUCAAUCAUUCCUAGCGGGUGUUCCUUUUAUUGUUGUUGGGUUUAGAGAUGAUGCAGGCCGCCUUGUACGCACAGAGAGACUACGAACAAAGGACAUAACCCAGCGAGUGAAAUUGAAAAACUACUGGCAGGGAGGAGUCUGCCUGGCGUUUGCCGAUGAGGUAUUGUGCUGGCUUUAUGGAACAGUCAAAGAGAAUGAAGAUUACAUAUUGCAGUUUGCACCACCAUUCACACGCUUAGAGCUUCUACAAGCACAGUCUUGCCCUGAAGCAAUCACCAACCACGUUGAACAAUUGUAGCCAGUCCAGGCUUCCUGAUUCUUGAUUCUUAAAGUUGAAAUAUAGAAUCAAACCCAGUUGGUUAACAACCAUAAAUAAGAUUUCUUUUGCCACAAACUUUACUGUAAUUUUGAAACAUUGGGGGAUUAAUUCUCCCCAAAGUGACUGCUAAGACUAGCAGGCAGAGAAUUAUUGUAAAGCCACGAACUUAAUUCUUUGGCAAUCUAUUAACUAGUUCUGAUUCAUCAUAAACAAAUCCACACAGCAUCA